AUGUCAGGAAUAAUGCACAAGAUAGAGGAGAAACUCCACAUGGGAGAACACAAAGAGGAUGAAGAUAAGAGGAAGGAAAAGGGUGAGGGACACAAGGAUAAGACGAAGGAGAAAGGUGAGGGGCAUAGGGAGAAGAUCAAAGAGAAGCUUCAUGGGGAAGAUCACAAGGAUAGAGAGGAGAAGAAAAAGAAGAAAAACAAGAAGGAUAAGAAGGAUAAGAAGCAUGAUGAUGUUAGCAGCAGUAGCAACAGUGGAAGCGGCAGUGAUUAG